AUGGCCGAAGAGGAGACACAGAACGCGAUACCGGUGGAUCCGGAGACGGCGCCGGGAAAGCGGGCCGAGUUUGAGCCCAUCCCUGGCGGGGAACUGGGGAAUAUUAAGAACGAGAAGGAAGGGACGCCCGGGCCGGAGACGGGGUCGGGGGUGAAGGUGCAGGGGGAGGAGGACGGGGACGUGGAGAUGGCCGAGGAGGAGGCGGACUCGGAGGAAGAUGCCGAGGACCCGGCGCAGGUCGAGGCCAACAGGGAGCGCAUCGAGCAGCAGGCACGCAAGUACCUCGCUGCCCAGACGCACGAGGUCAUCAUCCCCAGCUACUCUGCCUGGUUCGACAUGUCCACUAUCCACUCCGUCGAGAGAAAAGCUUUACCGGAAUUCUUCAAUUCGAGGAACCGCUCAAAGACGCCGUCGAUUUACAAGGACUAUCGCGACUUUAUGGUCAACACCUACAGGCUCAGGCCCACCGAAUAUCUGACCGUCACCGCGUGCAGGCGAAACCUGGCUGGAGACGUCUGUGCUAUCAUGCGUGUACACGCUUUCCUCGAGCAGUGGGGCUUGAUCAACUACCAGCUCGACCCCGAUGCCCGUCCGGCUGCACUGGUACCGCCAUUCACCGGCCACUUCCGCGUCAUUCUGGACACGCCCCGCGGCCUGCAAUCCCUCCACCCCGGCACCCGUGCGAACAACCACCCGUCCCAGAACGGGCAAGUGAAACGCUCAUCGUCCGCGCACCCCGCCUCGCUCGAGCUGCGCUCCAACAUCUACCAGACGACCUCAAAGGCGUCCAAGCAGCUCGACGAGUCCGAAGCAGCCGCCCUCGCGAACGGCGCAAAGUCAGUCCUCGCCGUCACAUACAAAUGCGACACUUGUGGCGCGGACUGUACCCAGGUCCGGUACCAUUCGCUCAAGGCGAAAGAGUUCGAGCUGUGCCCGACGUGUUAUCUCGAUGGACGGUUCCCUUCUACGAUGUUUUCGGGUGACUUUGUCAAGCUCACGGCCACUGCUGGCGGAAACGCGCAUCAAACGGGUUCGGGCGAGGCGUGGACGGACCAGGAGCUUUUGUUACUGCUUGAGGGCGUGGAGAUGUACGACGACGACUGGAACGCGAUCGAGGAGCACGUAGGCAGCCGCAACGCACAGCAAUGUAUCCGCAAGUUCCUCGAGCUGCCUAUCGAAGAUCCCUACCUGGCCGCCGAAGGCGAUAUGGGACCGCUGCGGUACAACCGCGUACCCUUCGAGCACGCAGAUAACCCCGUCAUGAGCGUCGUCGCCUUCCUCGCCGGUGUCCUCGCUCCAGGCGUCGCAGCAGAAGGCGCGAAGGCAGCGCUACACGAGCUCACGGCCGCUGAGAAGGAUAAGCCCGAGGGCGAAAAGACCGCCGAGGGAGGCGACAAGAUGGACGAGGACAGGCCGGCCGAGGCGUCCGGCAGUAAACCUGCCACUCCGCCCGCCGCAACCGGUUCAACUAAACCCGAAGGCAAAGAGGUCCGCGGCGUCCCGCACAGCAAGGCCGUCCGCGCCGCCGAAAUCGCGCUCAAAGCCUCCGCCCGCGCGGCCGGCGAGCUCGCGGACCAGGAAGAGACCGCCAUCCGCAACGCGCUGGCGACCGUCAUCAAGCUCACCCUAUCCAAAUUGGAACUCAAAAUGGCGGCGUUCGAAGAGCUCGAGGACGUGCUUGAGGACGAGCGGCGCGCACUUGAAGCCGAGCGGUUGCAGCUUGCGGCCGAACGACAGAAUGUGCGGCGUACGCUUGAAGGUGUGCGGGCUGAGCUGGCGAAGCAUCAGCAGGGCCAGGGCAGUAUGCAGGCGCUCAUGCAUGCCGGUGGCGCGGCGAGCGCGGCGACGGUUGGGCCGCAGACGACUGCGAAUCCGGUCGGUGCGGGCGUCAGUAUGGAUGGGAAUAUGGGGCCGAUGAUGGGUGGGAGUUAUGCGACGUUGUCGUAG